AGUGGGGGGUGGGGGUUCGGCCCCCUCCGAUGCACGGAUCCCUUUCCAUGUCUUUUCCACCCCUUUUGUGCUACUCGCGGGAAAGAGAGCAGAAGAGCGGGGACGAGGAGGGAGAGUCGAGCACGGCCUUGCAAAGCCUGGCGGCGCCUGGAGCAGUAGAGACGGGGAAGCGCGUCGGCGGAAGCCGGCUGAGCGGGUCGCUGGGCUCGGGCGAGGUGCUCGGGUGCCCGGGCGCCGUGGCCAACGCCGUCUUCCUGCCGCGAUCGUGGAGCCGCCGCAGGGCUGGAUUGUUUCGAGGGCCAAACGGACCGGCGAAGGAGGCGGCGACGCGUGUCUCGGCGUGUGGGCCUGGGUGCCGCCAACCUUUCCGCGCGGGGGAUAAAAGGGGCCGCUUGGAGAAGUCUUCGGGGAAAGAAAGGGGCCUCCGAGCGGACGCGCCGCAGCCAGCCAGACGGGGAGCUUUCAUGCAUGUCGAGGGAAGCGAGGCGAGAGCGCAGCCAGGGGCCAGCUCGGCUUGCCAAAAGCAGGCUCUUCGAGGCCCCGUUUUUACAAAGUUUACACCGAGAGAGGAGGCGAGAUCCAGACCGGCCUUUUGCUCCGUGUAAACAGGCUGACGAGGGCGGAACGGCGCCCUGCAGACACGGGAACAAAGUUUCCGGGCAGUGGGGAAAAAUCCCAGCGCGAAUUCUGUACGGAUCGCUGCUUUCCUGGGUCAAGUUCUGUUUGACAAACCGCAGAAACAACAACCCAAAAAAGGGGGGCAAUCCACUCCACUGGGGAAAAAUAAUGCGGCCCCCCCUCUCAAAACAAGUCCCGGGCUGGAAAACGCCUCUGCUAGAAGACAGGCCACUGCCUCCCGCGGUUGCACCACCAGCUUUUUGGGACCUGCACAAAAAUAAUCGUCAUGGACAAAACGGGAAGUCUGAGUUCGGCAUUUUCCACCCCGGCGACAUUCCGCUCGGUUGCAAAACAGAAAAGACCUGCCUGGCUCUGCUGAAGGGGAAGGGGAAGAAGAGCUGCUACGGGGGGGGGGGGGGGGGGGGGGGAGGAAGGAGCCCCGGCAGGAUCUGUUGGGAUCAAGACCAAGAGCGGUUCCUUCCCGGUGCAGCUGCAAAGGCCAGGCCGGGGGAGGGGGAGGCGCGCCGAGGAAAUCCCGGCCUUGCAACCUUUUCAAACAACACGAAGAAGAAGGAACGCCGCGUCGCAGCUCCCCGCUCACUUCUGCCCAGGCUGGGCGCGUGUUGCGCGGAGCAGAUCCUGGCCAUUCAUUCCUCCCCCUCCCCCCCCCCCCGGUUUCACCCACCAGAGUGCCUGUGUUGGAAAGGUGGCGUGGGGGCGGGUGGGUGUUACGGUGUCCCGAGCUCCAGCAGUCGACUUGAAAGCCCCCCCCCCCCACCCCUUUCUUUCUGCUACAAGUUUACAAAUUCCCCGGCGGUUACCUGGCCUCAGACGGAACAAUGGCCCUCCGGAUCGGGACCCUGCCUGGGAGAGGAGCCCGCUCUCCCUUCAGAGGGGCAGGGAGCAGAACCCCCGUCUCCUCGGGAGUAUUUGCACCGGGGAAGCCGCCGGUUUCGCGAGGCGCCCUCCCAGCCGCGAGUCCCUGCCGGCGACCCUCUCCCCACACUUGGUCCUGCCGACUUCCAUCUUGCCCCCCCAUGCGGGGAAGGCACCGUUCAGAGACCCACCGCCAGGGGCAUUUGGCUGGAGUUCCUGGCGACAUUGAUUAAGACGGGACUCUUUCUUAGGGCUCAAGAGUGGGCCCAAGGUGAGGGCUCCCCCCAUCCCCCAGUCCUUCUCGAGGAAGACUUGAGGAAGCAAGGGUUGGAAGGAAUGCCCGGUCCUCUUCAAAAGCUCUGCUUUUACCUAGGAGAAGGGAAUGGAUGGCUUGUCCUUUUACCUGCUAUAGGGCAAGGCGACCCAUAACCUUUCCUUGCCUAUAAAGUAGAAAAGAAAAGAAAAGAGGACACCAGUUAUGCUGCAGGGAAAGGGAGAAGAGCCCUCCCAGCACAAAGGCACCCUCCAGUCAUUGCAUUGGGGGGGAGGGGAGGCUUCAAUCUAGAUAAGGUCCUGCUCUCCAGUGUACUUAAAAUAUGGGUUAAUCCAGCUCUACUGCUUGCUGCCCUCUAAACCCUUGUUCCGUCUCAACCCCCUGGGGCCUUGCUUUGCCAGCUGCAGUGGCCACCACUCCAGCGCAAAGUUCCUUCCUUUCAAAAGAAGUGGAGGCAAAAGGGGAAAUAGGACUAUCUCCCUGACCCCUUGAAGUGAAACUUAGCUUUGAAGAGGGAGAUUUCCUGGCACAGGACCAGCAACAUGAACUUCAACCAUUCAGUCAGCCAAUACAAUUCUUUGGUUACCUUUAUAUGGAUUGUAACACGUUUUUUAGCAACAGCCCCAUCUUGUAGCAGGGAGUUCCACCAGAUACAAAUCAGAGAGUAACUCUUUUCAUUCAAUUGGACUGAAUGUUUCUGAUUUUUAAUUUAAAUCCACUUCUAGGCUUCAAGUGAGAAUUAGGAAACUGAGCUGCAAAAUAUUAUAUGGAACUCCAUAAAUACCAGCUGCUUGGACUGAAAUAUUGCGCCUGCAUGCUUUGGAUGAGUGCUAACAAAUUCUAGAUAAAUUGUUCCACAGCCAGGCAGUCAGCGAGGUACCCGGUUGGUCGCUGCUGGCAAGAUUUUAGGACCAAAAGGACAUCAAAGAUAUAUGUGAGUUUGUAGUAUUCUCCAGCAAUUAUCAAGAAGAAUAAGAGUUUGGAUUUAUACCGACUUUUCUCAAACAUACUGUCUCAAAGCGACUUAUAAACUCCUUCGUUUCCCUGCAACAGACACUCUGCAAGGUAGGUGGGGCUGAGAGGCUGGUUGUUGAGGGGGUUCUGAACUAUGUGGCCAUGGUUGUUAGGAACAAGAUCUACCAGACCAUGGCCACACAACCCGGAAAACCCACAACAACCAGUUGAAUCUGGCUGCGAAAGCCUUCAACAAUACAUCGGGGCUGAGAGAGUUCUGAAGAACUGUCACUAGCUCAAGGUCACCAAGCAGGCUUCAUGUGUAGGAGCGGGGAGAACAAAUCCAGCCCUCCAGAUUACAGUCCACUUGCUCUUAAUUACUACACUCCACGCUGGCACAACAUCAGGAUCAUUCCACUUCUAUUAUCAGAGAUUUUACAACGCAUGAGGAUUGCUCUACCCAGCCUCUCUGCACUUUUCUGUGAGCAGAGCCUGUGCAAAUCACCCUUCAAUCUACCAUCCGUCAAUCCUCAGCCUCACUUCCCUUCUCCUUGACUUUGAGUGCUUUGCCUAGCUGCCUCUUUCCUCUCCUGCCUUGUGGGUCUUGCCUUGCACCUCCAGGCCUAUCACAAUGGACUCCCAUUCGGCCCCUUGGCUUUUCAGGUUCAUCUUCUGUUUUACUUCUCGCCUGCUUUUUAUCACAGAGCUGUGGAAACUCAUCAUCUCAGGAUUUCUUAUGAUCCAGUUUUAACAGCUAGAAUUCCUCUGCAAAUCAUACCUGACUCAACUGCAUCACCACACCAUACUGGCGGUGUCCUAGACUGUCAUGCUGCAAGACUCUCUCUCCUUCAUUGUCCUAGAUCAGUGAUGGCAAACCUUUUAGAGACCGAGUGCCAGGGUGGAGCAAGAGGAAACUGCACCCGGGGCACGUGUGCGCCCUGUGCCCCUGCCACGCCCCCGUCUGCCCCUGCCCUGUCCUGGAAUUCUCUCUUAACACCCUGAAACACCACCACCACACCCCCAGAAUGCCCUUGCCACGCCCCCGCAGGGGCCUGCACCCAGUGUGUUGGGCACCUCUCGCCCCCUUGGCACUAUGCCACUGCCAAGUGCCCAAACUGGGGUGACAGUGUGUGUGCCCACAAAGAGGGCUCUGAGUGCCACCUCUGGCAUGCGUGCCAUAGGCUCGCCACCACUGUCCUAGAUUGUCAUCAAAGUAAACCUAACUGUAUGCAAGAACCAGAGGGUACUUGAACAGCCUGGAGGAUCUUAACAGACAGAAGAAUUCCAUGCAGGGCUGAAUUUCAAAAGUGAGAGAUGCUAGGCUCAGGUUUGGAACUUAUGACUAGGACCACCCCCCCCCCUCACAUUAAAACUACUCUGUGCUAAGAGAGCCAGUGUGGUGUAGUGGUUAAGAGCAGGUGCUCUCUAAUCUGGAG